ACUGGAAACAGCUCAGUUGUUUGCUCUCUCUCUCACGAACCCUUCAAUAGUAUGAUUCGGGUAUGGUUUUCGAUGAUUUGCAUGAAGCUCACUCCCUAGAUUAACCUAUUCCGUGAUGAGGAAGUUAGCUAUUUCAAUUUUUGUUGCCUUUGCAAGGGGAGAUAGAGAAGACUCUGUUGAGUAGAUAUUUUUGGUGCUCAGCAAGUUUCAGGCAGUCAGAGUUGGUACCGUAGUAGUAGUACUGAGCAGGAUUAUAAAGAGAAGGGGUGGUUUAGCAGAGCUAAAGCCUCUUCUCGUCCUCACUACUUACAUAACGGAAGUCGUUGACUUGAUUUUCAGUGUUUGAAGUGGCAUUUUCUUAGUAGUUCAAACUUUAAAGUUGUCUUUGUAUGGACGACAGCUAUAAUUGGUAACAUCUGAUUAUAAUUUUCUUCUCUUUUUUUUGCAUUUAAAUAUUUGUUUGUAUUUGAGCAGACAAAGGUCCAUGCCUCGUGCAGAACGACCAACGACUACGAACGCUUGAAAGACACUGAUUAACAUCUAACCUGAGAAGCCUCACGGUAUAUCAUUACGAGACGCCAUGGCGAAAGUUACAGAGCAGAAACAGAACUCUCUAACUGUGGAAGAGACGAAGCUUGAUAUCCGCGAUGUGGUCACCACCAGAUACGAAGAGGAUGACCGUCACGGGGAAAGACGCGGUGACGUGGCAAUGGUUGUGCUACGAGCCAUGUGCAUGGCCGUUUCGGCGGUGGCUGUGUUGUUAAUGGUGACAGCUCGUGAGACUAGCAUGACCACCCUCUACGGUUUCGAGUUUCAGCUCCACGCCGUCUGGUCUCUCUCAGAUUCCCUCAUAUAUCUAGUGGUGGUUACAUCGGCGACGGUUAUUUACUCAUGCUUGCAACUGGUUUUAAGUGGGACCAGACUAAUGAGACGAUCACCAGUGGUUCCGACAAGAAGACAAGCAUGGUUUUGUUUCGUUGCAGAUCAGAUACUGGGAUACGCGAUGGUGAGUGGAGGAUCAGCGGCUUUAGGAGUGACGAAUAUGAACAGAACAGGUAUCAGACACAUGCCUCUUCCUAAUUUCUGCAAAUCUCUUGAUUUCUUUUGCGACCAUCUCGCAAUCUCCAUCGUCUUUGCCUUGUUCGCGUUUCUUCUACUGGCUGCUUCUUCUAUUCUCGACGUUGUCGCUCUCUCACGCGACUGCUAGAGAGUUAUUACUGUUUUACCCUUUUAUGUCAUGUUUGUUUCCUACGUAUGAUGUUUUAUGAGUUGUUAUGAAUGUGUGGUUCGAAAAAGAAAGCAUGUUAUGAAUGUUUUUUCUUUUUGAUAUUUGUUUGUUUUAGUUGAUGUCAGUGAAUCUUCCAGUUCCAAAGUUUUGAUUUUGUUGA